AUGCAAGACAGAUCAAACAGAUGGGAUCGGUUGGAAUUGAUAUUCAGCCGCAAAGCCCCAGGGAUGAAGGCUCGUCAUUCGCAGGCAUUUUCGUCUCGACUGCGCAAAAACGCUGUCGCAGGAAUCGGCGACGUUCGACGGCGCUGCAGAAAGCCCGGGGAAGCGCUGCCGGGGCCGUUAGCCGCUUUCGGCCUAGCGGUCCUUCACAGUCCGGGCGCGGCAAACAUCGCGACUCUCCCAAACUUCAACUUCGCCGAAACGCCAUGCGACCUGCAGACCGGCCUCGAUCCUCGACCUCCUCGCGCCGCCUCUGGUCGCCUGGACGCCGCUUCGUGGUUUCACAUUCUUCCCUCCACCCCCCCCAUCGCAUCACAUCACGCCCGCCAACCCCCAUCCGGACAACCCACACGCUCGCCCAGAGACACUUCGGGGACACAACACAUGCACACGCGCCUUGUGCUGUGA